CUUCCGUGAAACGCGCCAUCUUUGUUUCUUCCUUGGCAGGAUUUGGUUACUUUUUCGCCCAUUCUGCCACAAACUUCUACAUCUUUUUCCAAAAGAAAUUAGAAUAUAAAUGGCCUUAUGAUUUUGAAACGUACUUUAGUUCGUUCUGGAGCUACUCGCUUUGUUGUUGAGGUCUUUUCAGUGAAGGCUUCCAAUGGCUGGCCGAGGAAGAUGUAUUGAUAUAAACAAAGCGACACCACAGGAGCUUGAGCAUUUAAAUGGUGUUGGUAGAACGAAGGCAGAGUCUAUUUGCGAAUAUCGUGAUGCAUUAGGAGGGUUUAGUGACAUAUUUGACUUGCAACAAGUCCCAGGGAUUGGCCCAUGUGUUGUUGAAAGCAAUAAAAAUGAACUGCUGUGUUCUGCAGCUAGACGAAACCUUACUACUAGAGAGACUAGAUCUUCAUCAUGUUCUAGCAAGAAAAGAGGCAGAGCUGAUUUCAAACCACGACGAGAACUUUUUCGAAAGAUGAUUAAAGUUCCAUUCAAAGCGAACACCAAGUUAUCACGUAAACACAAGCUUGCUGGCAAGCUUGAACCAACAGAGGGAACUCCAAGUCCUCCCAAGAAAUUAUGCACAGCUAACCAACUAAGUAGAACUGUGAGAGUUCUUCCUUUAAGGAAUUAUGGUAGAAUAAAAACAGACUUGAAUGUCGGCCAAUCAGGCGAAGGGAGAUGUAGAAGGACUUCUUUAUGUAGCCAGCCUCCAGCAGGGCUGAAGGAUUGGUUACAUGUGUUUCAGCAAUGGGGCACAGAAGAAAAGAGAUAUGCAUUAGAAGAAAUUAUAGACACUUGCGAGCCCACUCUAGUUAGACAUAUGAUGGGCACUAUUGAGCCGAGGUUCCAGAGGGACUUUAUUUCUCUGCUUCCAAGAGAGCUUGCACUUUACGUUCUAUCAUUCCUUGGACCUAAGGAUCUGCUUCAAGCUACUCAAACCUGCAAAUGUUGGCAAAUUCUUUGUGAUGAUAAUCUGCUAUGGAAACAGAAGUGUAAAGAAGCCAGAAUUGAUGAUGAACCUGCUUGUGUAAUCAAAUCUCCAAGGAAACGCACCAACAACAAAGAAUUGUCUCCCCAAACCUCAAAGCAUGUUCCAAGUCCCUUUAAGAAACUCUUUAUGAUUAAACAAAAAAUAUAUUGGAACUGGAGAUGUGGGGAAAUAAGACCAUCAAAGAUACUCAAGGGACAUGAUGACCAUGUUAUAACCUGCUUACAGUUUUCUGGUUCAAGAGUUGUAAGUGGUUCAGAUGAUGGCACGCUCAAGGUAUGGUCUGCGACAACAGGGAAAUGUCUGCGUACUCUCGUUGGCCACACAGGUGGUGUGUGGUCAUCUCAGUUGAGUGGGAACAUUAUAGUGAGUGGAUCAACUGACAGGACACUAAAAGUCUGGAAUGCCGACACAGGUUACUGUAUUCAUACUUUAUAUGGACACACAUCUACGGUACGGUGCAUGGAUAUGAGUGGUUCUGUAGUGGUCAGUGGGUCAAGGGAUGGUACACUUAGAGUUUGGGAUACUGAGAGUGGAAACUGUCUUCAUGUCCUUGUUGGGCACUUAGCAGCCGUAAGAUGUGUUAAAUACAAUGGUAGAAGAGUUGUAAGUGGAGCUUAUGACUUCUUAGUUAAAGUGUGGGACCCAGAAACUGAACAGUGCAUCCAUACAUUACAAGGCCACACCAACAGAGUCUACUCUCUUCAGUUUGAUGGUGUGUAUAUAGUCAGUGGGUCUCUAGACACGUCUAUCCGUGUCUGGCAUUCAGAAACAGGACAAUGCUUACACACUUUAGUAGGACACCAAUCACUAACCAGUGGUAUGGAGUUACGGAACAACACCUUGGUAUCCGGUAAUGCUGACUCAACAGUCAAGAUUUGGGACAUCACUACCGGCCAGUGCUUACAAACCUUAGCAGGGUCUAACAAGCACCAGAGUGCGGUCACAUGCCUGCAGUUCAGUAGUAAGUUUGUCAUCACUAGUUCCGAUGAUGGAACAGUUAAAAUUUGGGACUUACACACAGGAGAAUUUAUCAGAGACUUGGUCAAGUUAGAAAGUGGGGGUAGUGGUGGUGUAGUCUGGCGAGUUAAGUGUGACGAAAAGAAGCUAGUAUGUGCCGUGGGAAGUCGCAAUGGUACUGAGGAAACCAAACUUCUUGUGUUAGAUUUUGAUGUGCAUGAUUAAUAAGAAUCAUUCAAAAGUUUGCAGCAACCCAAAUUUGUUUGCAAAAAGUGGCAUUUGACUUCAGUGCUGAGUUCACACUGAUCCAAGACCUUUAAAGCAUCAGCUAAAUUGAAACUUGACCGGCCAAAUUUUUUAAUGUUUGGGUAAAAUUAUUUCAUAUUUUUGGUAGUAAAACUAUUCAUGUAACAAAUUUCAUUCAGUUAACUCAAUUACAAUUUUUUCUCUGGAUAAUGGUAAACUGACCGUACGAUGUGUCUUACCCAAGACAGUAUUCAAAACUACACUGGAAUAUCGAAAUUUAAACACCAAUGCCAUCUUUGCUAUACUGUAUUUCAUUGCCCUAGUGUAAUACUCCUUACAUACCCUCAAUAAUUGAAGAAUCAUUGUCGAGUUCAGAAACAUAGAACAUAGAAGCCGAGACCGAAAUGGCACAUGGGAAGUACGUUAAUUAGAUACAUGACAGGCGACCCAUGGYAUCAUCCACUGUUUUUAUGUGUUUAGCAUUCUUAACCGACUGCAUGGAUGGAGCAAAUGAAUAAAUUAUAAUAUAAUUAAGGUGGAAAACUAGUGAAAACUAGUGUAAACUGCGUCGGUGU